ACGAGCCUCGGACAGCCAUGGGCUACCGGAAGAGUGGUGACUGGCACAACAUGUUCGCACACCUGAGAAGUCCACAAACUCCAUACCCUCAAUUCUUCCUGCUUGAACAUUCUUUGAGAGCCCUUCGCCCGCCAAAGCCAGCUCGGUUGCCUUUCUUCCGCCUUUCUCCCAUCCGCUCGAAGCCAUGGCCAUUGAGGUACCAAAGGAGAGUCCCACGCACGUUGAGGAAGGAGUCGGAUCAAACAAGACCUUCGGGCAGAAGUUCAAGCGACAUUGUCCUCGAUUCUGGUGGAUUCAUCUCUUGAUAUUGAUUCUCAUUGUGCUUGUGGUGACCUUGCCCGUCGUCUUUGUCGCGUACCCGCACAUAGCCCAGUCAGAAAUCAACAAGUCGCGCUUAGUAGUGACUUCCCAGUCGCUUCUCAAUCCUGCCCCGGACGCGUUCGAUCUGCAACUCAACAGCGUUUUCUUGUCGAACUCCAGCUUGCACGCUCAACUCGAUGCCUUCAAGGCUGACCUUUGCCUCGAAGGUUCCGAUGUUCCAUUCGCACAGCUCUCAAUCCCCGCUUUGAAAGCCGCCAACGGCACAGAAGAAAACGUUAGCCAGAGAGUGCAGAUUCAAAACAAGCAACAAUUCUAUGAUUAUGCCAAGACCAGUCUCUUGAGCGACGAGUACGUCGUUUAUAUCAAGGGCAAGGGUGGACUGAAGUAUGGGAAACUUCAGAAAACGACCGUGAACUACAAUGAAAAGAUCGUCUUGAAAGGAAUGAACGGCCUCAAAGGCUUCAAUGUUACUGAUUUUGAACUUCUCACAACUGCCCAACCAGACGGGAGUAACGCCAAUGGCACCGUCUUCAUGCCCAACCCAAGCAUGACGACUUAUGAAAUGGGCAACCUGACCAUGGAUAUGUACACCGACGGCGUACUCAUCGGCAACUCGACGCUUCAUAAUGUGGUGCUAAAACCCGGAAACAACACUCUUCCGUUUCGCGCCCUCACAAAUCAGACCGCGGUCGUGACCCUGCUUUUCAACAAGUACAAAUGUGGGGUCUUUCCUGUCGACAUAGUCACAAAGCGGACCAGUUACAACGGCCAGGACCUCCCUUACUACGACCAGGCACUGCAGUCGAACAAUUUGACCAUCAAUUUGAAUGUCAUUGAAGUGCUGGAAAAGGCUGGCUUGGCCGGUUAUCUGGGGAUCAACACGACAAACACGCUACCAUGCUGAAGAUUGCGACGGCUUGUCGCUUGUAGCUCUGAGAAUCAGACCUGCCA